AUGGAAAAUGGUGCAAAUUUUACAUACAUCAGACUAACUGGUUAUCUUAAUUUGGAUUUCAAGAUGAAGUACUUCUUGUUUGCUGUGAUAACUGUGUUGUAUUCUACAAUCAUAUUUGCCAAUAGCUUUCUUAUUGGUGUUAUUUGUUCAGCAAAAGCCCUUCAUAAACCAAUGUAUCUGUUCCUCUGUAGUUUGUUUGUUAAUGAAUUGUAUGGCAGCACAGCUUUAUUUCCUUCCCUUCAAGUUAACCUGAUUUUGAAUAACAAUGAGAUUUCUCUUAUUUAUUGUUACUUACAGAUUUUUUGCUUAUACACAUAUGCAAUGAUUGAAUUUUGUAAUUUAGCAGUCAUGUCUUUUGAUAGAUUUGUGUCCAUCUGUUAUCCAUUAGAGUAUAACAGUAUCAUGACCCCUUUUAGAGUGGGUGUGUUAAUUGCAUUGGUGUGGUCAUAUUGUUUCGUUCAAUUCUUAAUUCUUUUCUCUUUUAAUUCCAACUUACAACUGUGUGGAAACAUUAUGGACAAAGUAUGGUGUGACAAUUAUUUACUUGUUAAACUUGCUUGUUCAAAAACCUCUUUGAAUAAUACUUAUGGCAUUUAUGUUAAUGUGAUGACAGCAAUGAUCCCACUGACCCUAAUUCUUUAUUCAUAUACAAGAAUUCUAAGAAUAUGUUUGAGUUUUACUAAAGAAGCAAAGCAGAAGGCUCUAAGCACAUGUGCACCACACAUCAUUUCACUAUUGAACUUUUCUUUGGGCUGCUUCUUUGAAACAAUCCAAAGCAGGUUUGAUAAUAUCAGAAUGCCAGCUUUGUUACGUGUAAUAAUUUCAGUCUAUUUCUUGAUGUUUCAGCCAGUGCUUAGCCCUAUUAUGUAUGGAAUAAGACUGAAAAAUAUUAGACAAGUAUGUAAAAACUUGGUUGUAUCAAAAGUAGGUAUUACAUAA